AUGGCGACCCAAGAUACCCAAGCGACGGCAGAUCCCCUCUUCAGCAGCAGCAACUUUCCAAGAUAUGACAAAGAUGAAGAAAUCUUUGCCUCGUUUCUGCGAGAGCAUACUAUAUUGACCUUGGCAUCUGCGAGAAACGAUGACAGCGAUGACGACGAUGUCCUCAUGGAACCCACUGCCGAUGGUGUGUCCCACGGUAUGGUUCGCAAUCCUUGUUAUCUGCCGCUGCUACAGCGCAUCAAGGAUCGACAUUAUCUAGAGGACAAAGUGGGAACCUUUAUCAUUGAAAUUCCACUUUCCGAACUGAUUGCCUGGGACAGUGUCAAGGGAGGUGAUCUAGCGGAACGGGCCACCAACAAUGCAAAUCGAUACCAGGAAGUCUUUGCCAAGGUGAUUGAUGAAGCGCUCAAGGGAAUGGAGGAAUCACCCAAUGCCAACAUUCAUCGUCAACGGGAUACCAUUGACGUUCUGGCCGAACAGAGAAUUGCACAACAACAAGCAUCCCAGCAGGCACGGGCUGAGCAACAGCAGCAACAACAGGAUGGAGGGGGCGGAAUUCUGAAUGAUCAAGCUCAAAUCAACAACGCUGCCAAUAGCGCCGAUAUUAGCGGAGCCACGGAAGAAUUCCCACCGGAUCUCAUGCGACGUUACGAAAUUCGAAUCCUUCCCGUGGGAAGACGAGGCGUUUGUUUCCCCUUUACCAAUCAAUGGAUCUCCAAACACAAUUCACCCUACAAUAACAGCAAUAUGGGGCUGUCUCUUCGGGAUAUCCGAUCCAGAUCCAUGGGCAAAAUUGUCGCUGUACGAGGAAUGAUUGUGCGCACGUCCGAUGUCAAACCCUUUUGCGCGGUCGCCACAUAUUAUUGCGAUGCCUGUGGCUGUGAAGUAUACCAAGUCAUUGCCAACCAGAGAGAAUUCAUGCCACAACGGUCUUGUCCGUCCGAAGAAUGUCGAACGAGACGGGGUGGUGGGGAUACCCUGCACCUCCAAACUCGAGGCUCCAAAUUCGUCAAGUUCCAGGAACUAAAGAUACAAGAAUUGCCAAGUCAAGUACCCAUUGGACACGUCCCCAGAAGCAUGAGUGUCUACUGUCGGGGAGAAUUGACCAGAAUGGCGACGCCGGGAGACGUCGUGACCAUUGAUGGCAUCUUUUUGCCACGAAAACUCGCGGAAAGUGGAUUUGCUGCCAUCAAGGCAGGAUUGAUCUCCACUACGUACCUGGAAAGUCAAAAUAUCAUUGUCCACAAAAAAUCUUACGAUGAAUCCCUCCUCGAUUCACUCUCUGACGAAGAGAGUGCCAAACUCGAUGCAGAAAUCAUGACGAUUGCCACGGGCGAAGAUCCAGUCGGAAAACUCUCCUCGUCCCUUGCUCCCGAGAUCUUUGGGCAUGAAGAUAUCAAACGAGCUCUCUUGCUGCAACUUGUGGGAGGAUGUACUCGGUCACUGCCGGAUGGUCUCAAAAUCAGAGGAGACAUCAACGUUUGCCUUAUGGGGGAUCCUGGAGUGGCCAAGUCGCAGCUGCUCAAACAUGUUGCAAGCAUUGCGCCGCGGGGUGUCUACACCACAGGGAAGGGUUCUUCGGGUGUUGGUCUGACAGCUGCCGUGACCAAGGAUACAACCACCGGUGAAAUGGCCUUGGAGGGCGGAGCCCUAGUCCUGGCUGAUCGGGGAAUUUGUUGCAUUGAUGAAUUUGACAAGAUGGACGAAUCCGAUAGGACUGCCAUCCACGAGGUCAUGGAGCAGCAAACAGUCAGUAUCGCCAAAGCAGGAAUUGUGGCCACACUCAAUGCUCGCGCAGCAGUCCUUGCGGCGGCCAACCCUCUUUACUCGAGAUACAAUCGUCACAAAUCUUUGUCUGAAAAUGUGAACUUACCAAACUCUUUGUUGAGUCGAUUUGAUUUACUCUUCCUCGUGCUGGAUAUCGCUGAUGUGGAUCGUGACACAGCCUUGGCCAGGCACGUUACGCUUGUGCAUCAAAACGAAGGAGUGGAGGAGACAAACAAUAAAGACAAACAACAACCUACAGAUGCUAGUGACAAUGCAGCGGACGAUGGUGAUGACGACGAAGGGGGAGAGAAUGCAGACAAGCCUUUGGCACCACGUGUACUACGAGAAUACAUUGCAAGAGCCAGAAAGCAUCAACCAGUCGUACCACAAGAUGUGGCUCCGUAUGUUGUGGAGGCGUAUGUAACCUUGCGCAUGCAAGAUCGUCCCGGGGCCAAAAAGACCACCGUCGGAGGAGACCAGACUGUUAUGACGGCUCGUCAGCUCUUGUCCAUUCUCCGGCUCAGUCAAGCACUUGCGCGAUUGCGUUUUUCCGACUAUGUUGCCCGAGAAGACGUGGAUGAAGCCAUUCGGUUGACCCACAUGAGCAAGGCUAGCCUCGAAGACGAAGGUGGAGACAACGGAGGAAGAAAGAGGGGACGCGGAGAAGAUGCAACUUCUAGGAUCUUCAACAUUCUCCGUGACUACGCCACAGUUCAAAACUCAACAUCGGUUGCCCUCAAAACAUGUGAAGCCAUGGUGCUGCGAAAGGGAUUCACAGCACAGCAACUACAAACUUGUCUUGAAGAGUAUCAAGCACUGGAUAUUAUCCAAGUCAACUCUGCAAGAACUCAAGUGUUUUUCGUUGAAGGGUGA